UCCUUUCCCUCGCCCACAGAAACUCUAGGCCCCUUCUAGAAGGGAGCCCAAAAGCUCUCGGCCAUGGCGCCCACGUAGCCCGAUCGAGCUCCCCUCCACCGUCGUCUUCGUGUCUGGUCGACUCAUCUGCUUCGUCUACGUUGACUACUACACGGACGCGAAGCAAGAACACCUAUGGACGCAGUCUUCUUCCUCUACUUCCCAAUUCCCAUUCGGCCGCUGCCUCGCCUUCGUCAAUUGUCGAUCGUCUACUUUGUCCACCUCUUGGCCAGCCAAGCACACAUCCGUGCUUGUGGUAUGCCCGUGCACCUCCUACCCCUUUCCCCCCUUCGAUUGUGUCCGGUUUUGCCCGAUUCACCUCGAGCCCGAGAGCUCCUCCGCGCGGCCAUGUCGCCGGCGUUCGUCCCCAUUGCAUCGCUGCACUCGCAUGCAUCCGUAGAGUAGUGUGUCAGCGUUAGUUUCUUCAUUUGCCGGUCUUAGCGUCGAUUCCAUAAGCACCCGAGCGCCCCCAACUCCGGCAUGUCGCCACCGUCGCUCCCAUCGACGUUUGGCGCCAUGGUUGGUUGCCUGGGUUGCGGAUUUACACACUGCACCCUUUGCACGCACUCACACUUCGGGAGCACGUCGGAAUUCAACUCCGGCGAGUGCUCCGCCGUAUGUUUGGUUGCCGCCGACACCUCCUCUGUUUCCCCUAUUUCAUUUUGAAUGUGAGCUCAUCUCCGCUGCCGGAUCUCAGAUGCAAGGUUAGGAUUAGAACGUUUUGUAACAUUUUGCUGCACCACUGCCUUCUAUCACUGCCACAUAGGACCACUUUAUCAGGCUCUAGAUCCAACUCAAAUUUCAUCACGGCUAUGCUCGAGCAGAUGCACAGUCCUAGCCCAGUGGCAUGAGCCCCUCUCUCUCUCUCUCUCCACCGGGGUUUAAAUCCCCUCGGGCGCAAAGAGAGGACAAACGCACCCAUAUUUUUGCGGAAAUGUUAACGCCCACAUGUGUCGGCGUUUACCACCCAGACCACACGCAAGCAUCUCCGUUGGCAAUUUUGUGCACGAAUCUUGGAACAAACAGGCCGGUUUUCGGCGCCACGUAGGACGAGUCUCGUGUGCGAUGUGCGAGUUAGUUCGCCCGCACGGUGGUUGCUAUCCCGUGGUCAGCGGUUGCCACUCAGAGGCGUGCGGUGGAACUUCCAUGCGCCCGCACGCCACGCUCCGACCGCGGUUGACGUCAAACACGUCGCACACCCCUCCACCCUCUCCCUCACGGUUCCAUUUACUCACCCACGGCGCAAUUACUGGCACAACCCACUCGCACUUCAAACCACUGGAGGAGAAGGCGAGGGGAGAAGGCGACGGCGGAGGCGGAACAAUCGACGGUGUUCGCGGCCGUCGGUGGUGCUCGCCGGAACGGAGCGGCUUCGCCGGAACGCGUGCGGGUUGAAGCAGAAUGGCUCGUGGCGAUCAUCAAAAUGAUGACGAUGAUUUCAUGGAUCCACCACAGCGUAAUCGGGCAACUAGACGGAGAAAAGAGGGUGAUGAGAAGAAAAAACGUAUUCGCAACAGAGCCUCCCAAGAACGUCUGACUGUGUUGAUUGACAAAUUCACCGACGAUCAAAAGGGAGCUGCUGCUGAGAUGGGUAUGCGGGCUCUGAUGGAAGUCCGGUGCACGAACCUUGUCAACCCUGUAUGCGACUGGCUUGGUGAGAUCUACGAGCCCGCCUCCAGGGAAUUCGUGAUUCCGGGACGUGGAAGACUUCCGUUGAACGAGGAAUCCGUGUUCUGCACUUUGGGUGUGCCUCGUGGACAUAUCAAAGUCCCGUACGAGGUCAACAAUGAGAUCGAGGAAGCGCUGUCCGCCCGUUUGUUUCCUGGAUUGGAGUCCAUGCCGAACACAUCUGCACUGGCAGAUUCGCUGCAGGCCAUGACGACGCACGGAGAUGUUUUCAAGAUGAAGCUACUCAUGUACCUCAUCUCAGUUGUUUUUGCACCGACCACUUCUCUUCGCCCAAGCAACAAAUGCUUCCCCAUCCCGGCGAAUCUGAAAAAUAUGAAGAACAUGAACUGGUGUAAGUUUAUUGCCGACUUCCUCCAUGAUGCUUUCGCAAACAAGAUGUACCAAAAGGGUUGCCGACUGCAUUUAAUGCUCAUGUAUGUCGACUGUCUUGAUCUGUCCACUGUGGAUUUCAUUGGGGUAGGAGGCCCGCCGCCUACGCACAAGUUUGUUGUUUCUGCGUGGACUAUCAAUGCUGUCAAGGCUGUGCUUGCCGCAGACAGGGUAACUGAUACCACAUAUGGAAAACUGCAGGUUAGUUUUUGUUUCUCUCUCCACACAGCAUGCUUACAAAUUUGA